AUGUCUUUGACUUUGUUGUCGUCUUUGGUGUCACUUCUGUGGCUCCAACUCGUGCUCCUCGUCUUCAGACAAGUCAUCGACUUCUGUGGCGUUCAAUGGCUUAUGAUUUUCUUUUUUCUCAUUUUUUACAAUUUGUUUGUGAUUUGUGUUUAUCUUCGAGUGAUUCCCAAAGACUAUCAGCACUUCCUCUCUCUCGACGCCAAUUCGAAGUCGUUUUUCCAUCACUUACUCCAAAACCACUUCUCUUUCGGCGAAAAACAAUUAGAAAAUUGCGUCCAAAGUAUUGAAUGCUUUCAAGCGUUCAUUCAUUUACUUCUCAUUGCUUUCAUUGAAACCCUUUUUGUCAUUCAUUUGCGAAGAAUUCGCCGAAAACUGAAACAACAAAACGACAAAACCACACCCCCUCUGCCGCCCUACACCAUCAGUCCCAUCAACAACGCCUUCCUCACGACUGCCGGCAGUCCUCCCGCGUCCGCGCGCUCUUCGAUGCGAAGACAGACUUCGAAGCGGCGCUCAAAACGGCGCCAAUCGUCGCAAAGGAGACGCAAACUCAUAACGAGUGCCGCCUAUUAUUCAGACUCGGAGACCGACUUCUAUGGCGUCACGAACCGCUCAUUCGUCUCGCAGUCGCCGUCAGCCGCCGUCGGGAACCCUCUGUACGCCUCCCCGCGCCUCCCUUACGGCUACCACACGAACGAGACGCGAAUCUGA